AUGGAGAGCCUCCUCCUCUGGUCCGUCCUCUCACGCGACAUGUCAUCCCACACAACCCUCCACCCCGAUCCACCACAACCAUCCCCAUCUUAUUCCCCCGGCUGCACAUCCCUAGCCGACAUCGCAGAUCUCGACACCCAAGGCGUCAAAGCCCUUCUCGACAACUUUUUCGAUCACGUGCACUGCAAGAACCCCAUCCUCGAAGAGGCAGCAGCCAGAAAAGUCGUUCUCAACGUCGUCAUCGACGGGAUCGAUUGGUCGCCUGGAUCAUGCCUAACACUGAUUAUCUGCGCGCUGGGAAAGAUUGCGACGCCGUUGGAUGCGAGUUUUCAUCUGAGGGCAGACUCGAUGCCGUUUUUGGAGGCGCAGGCGCUGUUUCAGGCGGCGCAGAAGAGGAUUGGCACGUUGAUGGCGAGAUCGGAUAUUAUUGGGGCACAGUGUUUCUUCCUGUCGGGGGUAUUUUUGAUGAAUCUAGCGAGACCGGAAUUGAGUGAGGCGCAGCAAGAGGCUGUAUAUUGGUCUGCUUGGAAGUCUGAACGGGAGCUACGAGGGGAGUUAUCACUGCCAGACUUUAGCAUGCCGUAUUCUUCAAGCGUGCUAUAUCCCCCAUUCUUCCCAACGCCUCCUCAUCCCUUGGAGUCUACCAGGACCACGGCAUCAAGUCGCCAACACACGGCGUGGCUAUUCUACCUCUCCGAAAUAUCCCUUCGACGUCUCUCCAGCCGAACAUGCAACGACAUCCUCGAACUCCACCGCGCAUCAGCAUCGAAUGUUGACUUCCUCAAGCAACUCUCCCUCCUCAUCCCCGCCUACGAAACCCAAGCCAAUGAAUGGGCUGAAAGUCUACCCCCCGAACUCUCUAUCGCCUUAGCACCGAUCGACGAUAAUGUAUGCUGCUUCGUCCUCUGCGGGCACUUGGUAAACUUCUUCGAGCGUCUUUACUGGCCGUUUGUAAUGGCCCAUCUCGCCGCCUUGGAACGCGGUGUAACUACCCCCAUACCCGGGCGGCAGUUUGUAGAGAAGGGCUUGGAGUAUUAUAUCCUUAAUGUCGAGGAGGGCAGUCGCAUCGUCGACCCCUCCGGUAAUACCGUCAUCCUCAAGGGCGCUGCCAUCGGCGGCAUGCUCAACAUGGAGAACUUCAUCACCGGCUACGCAGGCCACGAACAUCAGCACAGACAACAAAUGGUUGAGGUAAUGGGUGAAGAGAAAGCCGAUUUCUUCUUUGACAGACUUUUGUACCAUUUCUUCACAGACUCUGAUGCCGCUUACUUUGCGUUGCUAGGACUGAACUGUAUACGCAUCCCGUUUAAUUAUCGUCAUUUUAUCGAUGAUAUGGAUCCCGAUAAUCUCAAGAAAUCUGGGUUUGAUUGGUUGGAUCGCUGCGUGGACAUUUGCGGAAGACAUAACCUCUACGCUGUUCUUGAUCUUCAUGCUGUUCCUGGUCGUCAGAACCAAGAUUGGCACAGUGAUUCUGGAUUAUCACGAGCAGCGUUCUGGGACUUCAAAGACCAUCAAGAUCGAGCCAUUCAGCUAUGGAAAGCUCUUGCAACGCACUACAAGGGCAACACCGUCAUCGCAGGCUACAACCUCCUCAACGAACCCGCCGACGAAACCAAGACCUCAUCCGGCCAUCACGGCGCCAAGCUGGUAAAGUGGUACGAACGCGCCGAGAAAGAAGUACGCGCCAUCGACCCCGAUCACAUGAUCUUCAUCGACGGAAACACCUACGCAAUGGACUUCCGCGCCUUUCCCGAAAACCCUCUCCCAAACGCUGUAUACGCCUGUCACGAUUACAGCUUCUACGGUUUUCCUCUUGGAGAGCAGUACGAAGGUACAGAUGAGCAGAAUACAAAGCUGAGGAAGAGCUUUGAGAGAAAGGUGCAGUUCAUGAGGGAAAAGAAUGUGCCGAUUUGGAAUGGAGAGUUUGGUCCUGUUUAUCAGAAUGAGCAUAUGGAGGGUGAUGAAGCGAUCAAGACCAACGCCAAGCGCUUUAAUCUGCUGCAGGAGCAGUUGGCUAUUUACAGAGAAACAGAUGUCAACUGGUCAAUCUGGCUGUACAAAGACGUUGGUUAUCAAGGCAUGGUCUACGCCGAUCCCGAGUCCCCCUACAUGCGUCUCAUCGCGCCCUUCAUCGCCAAGAAACAGCGUCUGGGUCUUGAUUUCUGGGGCGUCGUGAACAAAGACGGCGUGAAGCACCUCUACGAGCCGUUCAUUCAGGGCUUGAAGGAGGAGGUGCUGGAGAAGUACAGAGAUACCAAGUAUCCCAAGAUCUGGACUUUUGAGCGACAGUUUGAGCGGGUGAUUCGGGAGUGCUUGAUGAGUGAGUAUGUGGGAUGGGAGUUGGCGGAGUUGUUUAGGGAUAAGAGCAAGGAGGAGCUGUAG